CACACGGUGAUUAUUUGAAUUUGUUUAGCAGUCGCCAUCGACACCCUCAUUUUGUUAGGUGCGUGGUAGGGAGCAAGGAGGUACUCAAGUAAUUACUACUGCACAGUAAUGUAGUCGGCUUGAAUUUCUGGUCAGAGGUGGAAAUAUGGUUGAUUGCCCACUUGGAUUGACUUGGCUAGGCUGAGCUGGUUCGACUUGACUGUCUGUAAACUGGUAGUGGCAAUCUGUAACACCAGCUACCGGUAGACGCUGGGGAAGCCCAAGGGGGACUAAAACAAUAAAACCUCCAUCCACUACCUCCUCCGACCAUACCUUUAACCUUGCUUUUCCCUAAUCCCAGCGCGGUGCGACGAAUUACAUUUUCCAGCAAACAGGGUCAUACGACUUCGGGUCGGGCUCGUAACGCCCUCUCGCGACAUUUCAUCCCAACCGACCGACGAACGUGAGCGAAACAACGAACGAACGACCGAGCUUCUGAAGGUGUCCUUUGGUGUUUGUCUACCACCCUGGGUACCUACCUGGCCUUCCUUACCUUACCUGAUUACCGUACAUACCUCCUACCGGCCUGCCUACAUACCUUGCCUUCCUAGGUAACCUUGGGAGCGGGCGAGGGAACAAGAAACUCCUUGUGUCGUGCUGUAGCGCGUCCAAGUCUGGCAAGCCCGUUGCUCUCCGGUCAAGAACCUUACCCACGCCCCGGUUCACCGCCUCCUGGCUACAAAGUACCUUGGGACUUGGGACAUUUUCCAUCAAAUCGGGUAACGAACCAAACGACAACUUGGAAAUUUGAAGAGUCGAUGUUGGGUGUCCUAGGCGCAAGCUGUCAGCAUUGAAAGCGGAAUCGAGCCAAGUUCCUGAGCAAUCGCGAGGUUGGAUUGAUUGAUUUACUGAAGCCUCCCCCCCGGGCCCCCGUCAGUAAUAAAUCAAGUGCUGCUGCUGCACUCCGCGAAUUACACUACACCGUGCGUAGUAGUGCGAGACCCUGCCGAAUGCCCGCGUCCCGUUGUCCCGUUCGCCCUGCAACUCCCCGCAAACAAGCCCGGUUCAGCCACCACAAUACGCCGCCCCUAACAGCGACAAGCAGCCUUCUCCUCACCCGCGGGCUUCACCCAGGAACCGAAAAAAUAAAGCCCCCAACCUCGUUGAGCACAUACUUUACAAGCAGGAGAUACAUCCCACAAAGCCCGAAUUGGAUUCAGCAGCGCGCAUCAACUAAAGACGUUUUUUUUUACUUCCUUUAAGCGUUUGGUCAACGGGCCGUGCCAAUGUUUUCGAAAUUGAAGCGUGAGCUCUCGCGAGGCAAGGACCCGAACAAGUCUUCGAAGAAGAACAAGGACUCCAAGGACGGCGCAUCCUCGCCGCAAACCGCCGGUUCCUCGAGGGACGGCUCCAACCAGAGUCCCGUCCUCACCCCAUCGUCAUCGAGCUCGACCCUAAAUGACAUCCGCAAUAAACCUCUUCCGCCCAACAAUGCAAGCCCACAUAGCACAGAGGGAGCAUCCCCUUCCGGUCAGCCACCGAUGACCCAAAACCAAGGAGGCAGUGAUAGGUUCGGGCUAAUGGGAGGAUUAUCGCCAGCGUCGAACGGUGGAAGCACGCCUGUGAGGCACGGUCAACUGCCACCUACCGUAAUAAUCAGCCCGAGCGGUGCACCGCACGUACCCCCACCCGGUGCCGCCGAGACGAUGCCUCACGAUCUUGCUCCACCCAAAGCUGGACAAAAGUCUCUCAUGUUCGACCGGCUUCAACAGACCCCUAAGGAUGUACCGGAGGGCUUGCGGACGCCCAAGCGACAGCAUUCGUCUCGUUUUGACAUCUCGGCGCAUCGCGAGCUCGAAAAGCUUCCCGGUUUCCACGAGGUGCCCCCGCAGCGCAGACAGGAUCUCUUUAUGCAAAAGAUCGACCAAUGCAAUGUCAUUUUUGACUUCAACGACGCUGCUGGUGAUAUCAAGCCCAAGGAGAUCAAGCGCCUUGCGCUACACGAACUACUCGAUUAUGUAGCGAACAACCGACAAGUCAUCACUGAGCCGAUGUAUCCCAAGGUUGUCGAAAUGUUUGCCAAGAAUCUUUUCCGUCAGAUUCCUCCGCCGAUCAACCCCCAGGGUGAAGCGUUCGACCCCGAGGAAGACGAGCCCGUUCUCGAGCCUGCAUGGCCGCACAUUCAGGUCGUGUACGAGUUCUUCCUCAGGUUCAUCGAAAGCCAAGAUUUCAACACCAACAUCGCAAAGGCCUACAUCGACCACAGUUUCGUGCUGCAGCUUCUUGAACUCUUCGACUCAGAGGAUCCCCGCGAACGUGACUUUUUGAAGACAACGCUGCAUAGGAUCUACGGCAAGUUCCUCAACCUGAGAAGCUUUAUCCGACGGUCCAUAAACAACGUCUUCUUCCAAUUCACUUAUGAGACGGAGAGGUUCAAUGGUAUUGCGGAGCUUCUUGAGAUUCUCGGAUCUAUUAUCAAUGGAUUCGCGCUUCCUCUGAAGGAGGAGCACAAGCUGUUUCUAACCAGGGUGCUGAUACCCCUGCACAAGGUGAAAAGCUUGAGCAUGUAUCACCCUCAGCUCGCCUACUGCAUCGUUCAAUUCCUAGAGAAAGAUGCUUCUCUCACAGAGGAGGUCGUGCUCGGUUUACUGCGUUACUGGCCCAAGGUCAAUAGCACAAAGGAAGUGAUGUUCCUCAACGAGGUUGAGGACAUUUUCGAGGUGAUGGACCCUGCAGAGUUUGCCAAAGUCCAGGAGCCCCUCUUCCAUCAGCUGGCCAAGUCGGUGGCCAGCCCGCACUUUCAAGUUGCGGAGAGAGCACUGUACUUCUGGAACAACGAAUACUUUUGCAAUCUCGUCAGUGACAAUGUUGAGAUCAUUCUGCCAAUCAUGUUUGCCCCCUUGUAUGAGAAUUCUAAGGGGCACUGGAACAGGACCAUUCAUGGCAUGGUAUACAAUGCCAUGAAGUUAUUCAUGGAGAUAAAUCCUCAGCUUUUCGACGACUGCUCUCACGAGUACACUGAACAGCAGAACAGUGCGGCAGCUAGGGAGGCCAUGCGUGAGAGGAAGUGGGCAGCAAUCGCAGAACAGGCCAACAAGAGAAAGGCAAACGGCUCCGGCGAGCCUUCUGGCCCCCCUACCAGACUUACACAGAAUCCGAUGCCUCGACUAGACGAGGUUGACCACUCGGACGAUAACCAAAAGCGGCUAGACUCUUUGAAGUUACAGGAUGGUGAACGUCGGCGCCCGGGCAUGCAUGACAGACAGAACUCUGUGGGAUCGAAUCGGAGUCAGCGAUGAGUGCUUGACAUCCAUAAUUCCUACACUGCGUACUCUGGAGGCUCGCCAACGAUACUUCCAUACCUCAGAUUUCUCCGCCUUGGACCUGAAUAUCCUUAAUAGACAGCUUUCACUUCUCUUUCUUACAUGUUCUUCCUCUUUUGGUUUCUCGGAUUCGUGGGCGCCCCGACUUCCGGGGCAAGAUUUCGGGAGGGAGGGGCAACUCCCCUUUGUUUGGCUUUAUGUACUUGGCGGUGGGGAAGGUAAAAGACUUCCAACGCAUACCCAAAAUCGUCAUCAUUGUUGAAGGAGUACAGCUUUAUCUUUUUUCUUCUUUUAGGCCAUGGCUCAGUUGUACGGCUGUGCAAGAAACAGAAAUGGGGUCAGGUAGCUAGACGCCCCCAUGGGCUCGCCAGGAAUGAAUUGGCUCUGAGUGCUUGCGUUGUUGUGGAAAACAAAAGAAGACACGUUCCAUCUAUUUACGACAUUACUGAUCACAUGGCCUCACGAGCUGCUUGUAGUUUGAAAUGUUAUUGAAGGAAUAUUGGUUUUGCUGCUCAUGCAGCUUGUUAAACUUGAACAGUC